AUGCUUUUGUGUGUCGACUUUCAACAGGGAGAUGCUUUGACCCCGGAUGCUUCCGGAUCUACAAGGCUGGCUCAAAGGUGGUCAGUCCCACGGCUUCGCUCUGUCUGUCGUGUGUGUUUCAUCACCAUGGGCAGCGCUGGAAGCAUCGUGAAGAAGGGUCAGGCCAAGGUGAGCCAUACUCCCGUGGUACCGGUGCGUGUGGCCCCGGCACCUACAGCGCAUGCGGACGAGGGCUUCGAGAUCGACGACGAGGCAUUGGUGACCUACAACUCCUGGGAAGAUGAGGACCCUCCCAUCCCGGGCACUCCCAUGCCCACCUGCCGCAUUGACCAUCGGAACGCCGUGCGCAACACCAACCGCUUCUUGCGCAACGUCCUGAAGGAUCCCGCCAAGUUCGUGGCCCGCUUCCCUGGGCAGGAGGAGGAUUGUCAGCAGGAUAUUAGGUCCGAGGAGGUGGAAGUGGAAGUUGCGGACCGCGCCACAGACUGUGCCGUCCUGCGGUCCAUUUUUCGUGGUUUCGUGGCGAAGGCUAAAUACCACCCCUUGACUCCACGUCUUUUCGUGCAAAGCAAGCUGGGUGUGGGUCAAGGCCCGGAUGUGGCAGCACCCAUUGACGAAUUUGGUGUGAACUACAAGGGGAGCUGGGUAGAUGGCCUUUGGCCGUUGAACUGCAUUUUGGUUCAAGCUUUCACCGUUGCACCGGUCAUAGUUCGGGGUGGUCAGUCCUCCCACAUCACCAGCCGCGUGACACUCAACUUGACGCCAGAGACCAGGGACGUGAUGGAGUCAGUCCUUCAGGAGCGAACCUCCGGGCGAUGGGUGCUGCGCAACACCUUUAUCGAGCUGGUCGAGGAUGGUUCCCCAGUCAACGGGAGCGCCUUCUCCAGUGGUGCAUUGAUGCGGGCCAGUUCCGAUUCAGCCCUCUACGAAGGUUAUUCGCCCAACAAGGCCGAGGAGACCCCCAAGAAUGCUGCCCCCGCUGAGCAUGAGUGCAAGGAGGCACAGGGUGGUCACUACGAGUUUGAGAUGAACGGUUUCAGCGACACUGAGACCAAUCCCGACACGGGACGUGAGCGUGAGAAAUCGCUGCCAUUGCCCUGCUACUCCCACAUCAAGGAUUUCCCCAGCGGUGAGAGCACACCACUGUGCACCGCACUACCACCAGGUGAGUCGGAGAUGUGCGUGGCGCGCACUCCAAGCCCACGAGGGAUGGACUGGCACCCCGCGGACUUUUGCGAGGUGACAGUGAAAGAUGAGGACUUCAGGCCCGAUCCACUUCCGGGGGUGGCGCCCCCGUCCUCCGGAUCCUCCGAGGCGCCGGACAAGGUGUCCUCGAAGCAGGAUCUGCAGCGUUUGGCUGCCGAGGUCGCGCGCCUGGCACAGGAGAAUGAAUUGCUCCGGCAACGUGUGCUCAAACAGGAUCGUACAGAGGAGGCUGAUGCUGCAAGCACGGCCGGUACGUCAUCACAAGCCGCGCCGCAAGAAGCCAUGCAAUGGGCAGUGUUCAUGCCUGUGAACUUCAUGAAUGCCGGAGGUCAAACGAUGCACCAGGACCCCAGCACGGAUUCCUGGGUUCCCGCUAUGGCGGGAAUUCCGCACAGCCAGGACCUGAUGGGCAAGGAGCAAAGCGAUUCGGGCAAGGUCACCAUGCGACGGUGGAUCCGGUGCGGGCUUCUUCAUCGAUCCAAAGGUAAAACCUGCCAGCUUCUUCAGUUCUCGACCUGGGCUGUGGAGUCCAAUCCAGUUUUACAGAUGGCGCGCCGCAACCGCCGGUCGAGCCUACGAGGUCAGAAAGAUGCGGAUUUGGAGGAGGCUUGGAAGAAUACAAGCAAGCUACGAGCCUCGAACAUGUCGGUCAAACCUGCUGAAUGUGAUUUGCCGUUGGAGGAAUGUACUACGGUGAUGCUGAGGAACCUGCCGAACAACUACACCCGGGCCAUGCUGAUGGCAAUGCUGGACAAUGAGGGUUUUGAGGGGAAGUACAACUUCUUGUACUUGCCCAUUGAUUUUCAGUCCUGCGCUUGCCUGGGAUACGCGUUCGUGAACUUGGUGGAUCCUUCUUACGUCCCACUCUUCUGGGAAAAAUUCAGUGGAUAUUCCAAGUGGGUUCUCCCCAGCAAGAAGGUGUGUGGUGUGAGCUGGAGUGGGCCGCAUCAAGGGCUGGAGGCCCAUGUUGAGCGGUACCGCAACAGCCCUGUCAUGCACGAGAGCGUGCCGGAUGAGUACAAGCCUGUGAUUCUGCAGAACGGCGUCCGCAUGGCAUUCCCCGAGCCCUCGAAGGCUCCCAGGCCCCCGAGAAUUCGUCAGCACCACCAUUCCUCCGAGAAGGGGAGUUGGCACGGACGACAAUACUCGAACGAGGGAAGGAUGCCAUUGGCUGUGGGUGCCUUGCCACCGGGUUCAGUGGCACGAGCAAGCUGA